AUGGAGCCGUCAUUAACAACACAAUUUGUAGGUAAGGGACAACCUAGAGGUUUGAACGCUGCUCGUAAGCUUCGUAUUCACCGUCGUGAUCAACGUUGGGCCGAUAAACAAUACAAGAAGAGAGCCCUUGGAACCGCCUACCGCUCAUCUCCUUUCGGUGGUUCUUCUCACGCCAAGGGUAUCGUUCUCGAAAAGAUUGGUGUCGAAGCCAAGCAACCUAACUCUGCCAUUCGUAAGUGUGUCCGUGUUCAACUCAUCAAGAACGGUAAGAAGGUCACUGCCUUCGUCCCCAAUGACGGUUGUUUGAACUAUGUUGACGAAAACGACGAAGUCUUGAUUGCCGGUUUCGGUCGUAAGGGUCGUGCCGUCGGUGAUAUUCCUGGUGUCCGUUUCAAGAUUGUCAAGGUCGCUGGUGUCUCCCUCCUUGCUUUGUACAAGGAAAAGAAGGAAAAGCCCAGAUCUUAA